GAAAGACAACGGACUUGACAAAAAUAAAAAUUUUAAAAAUAAUAAGAAGAAUAAUUAGAAAUUCUAUAAAUAUAAAUAAAAGUUAAGUCCUGGAAACUGGAAAGACUCAUCAGUCUCUCAUAUUCAGAAUCAAUUUGAUAAGAAGUGAAAACCGAAUCAGAUCAAGUGGAAUAGAAUGAAGAACUCUAAAUAUGAAUUUUAGACAAAUAAGUGCUUAGACGUUAAGUGUUAAAUUGAUUAAAGAAAUAUAAGUGCUUCAAAUUCUAUUAAAAAAUAUUAAUUCUUAAUAAAUAUCGUCAUUAUUUCUCGCCUUUAACUCUUAAUCAGAUAAGGAAUCCUUAAAUUAAUAUUAAAAUUUAAAUCGUGUAUGAGAAAUUUUUAAAAACCCAGCAAUAAAGAUGCAGCAACCACCGAGAAAGGGAAACUACACCAAGUUUCUGAAAAACCUACACACCGAACAGCUCGCAAAGUUACAAUUAAAAAACCAACAUGAAUGUGAUUUACUAGAAGAUAUAAGAACAUUCGUUAUAAAGCGAUCGGCAAUCGAAAAACAAUACAGCGAAGCUCUUUUAAAAGUUGCAUCGUCUUAUUUAAAUAAGAAAUCACCAAGUAUACCCGAAAUAAAAAUGGACGGUGCUGAUGAAAAAUGGAACAUGUGGAAUGUUUGGACAACUGUACUAGAGGAGAAUGAAAAAUUGGCAAGAGCACGUUUAGCUGCGGUUGAAGUUUUGCACCAAGACAUUGCAGAUGAAACCAAAAUACUGAGAGCACACAAGUUAGGAAUAAGUAAGCGUAGCGUCGAAGGUUUGGGUAAUAUUCAAAGAGAUUUGCAGCAAACAGUACAAGAUGUUGACAAGACGAAAAAAUCGUAUUUCGAUGAGGAGCAUUGUGCACAUGACGUUCGUGAUAAGGCUCGCGAUAUCGAAGAGAAAUUGAAGAAGAAAAAAGGAAGCUUUUUCCAAUCGAUUACAUCACUACAAAAGAAUAGCGCACGAGUCACGUCGAGAAAGGAACAACUUGAGGAAAAAUCUACUGGAGCUCGUAAUGACUACAUUCUUAGUCUUGCAUCCGCAAAUUCCCAUCAAAAUCGUUAUUUUACAACGGAUUUACAAACGACAAUGCAGAUAAUGGAAUUUAAUGUUUAUGAUCGUAUUGCAGACUUUUUAGCACUCAUCGGACGUACUGAAUUGUUGACAUGCUCUGCAACACAAAACUCGUUUGGAAAGAUUUGCAAUCAGGCAAAUCAAUUGACACGUGAAUAUAAUUUACAAUGUGUUUAUUUAUACUAUCCAGUGCUCAAGCAACACAUUCAAUAUGAAUUCGAACCAUGCGACAAUGAUCCAGUUCGUAAAAUUACUGCUGAACAUGAUACUGUCCUUCAGACACUUAAUCAUGAGGGUAAACGAUGGGCAGCUCGUGUUGCGCGUGAAAAUCAUUCUAUUAGAGAAAACAGUAGACGUUUAGCUGCUUGUCAAGCACUUAGAGAUAAUGGUCAUCGUACUGAUCCGAAUGAUCAAAAUGGACCGGAUCUUGACACAAAAAUGGAGGAAUUGAGAGAACAGAUAAGGAAAUCAUCAGUGGCGAAAUUAAAAGCAGAAGCAAAACUUGAAUGCUUGAAACAGGGAGGAAUAAGUAUUGAAGAGUGGCUGCAAGAAGCUGAAACAUUGAGUAUUCAAGAAAUUCCAAGAUCAUCAAGUGAUGCGUCACUUAAAACUGAUGCAUCUCGCGAUGGUGAUCAUCCAAGUUCGGACUCUUUCUAUGAUAGCGAUAAUGCUGAAGUGGAUACAAAACAUCAAAAGCAAGCUCUUCAGGCUUCCACAAGUAAUAAGUCAGUUGAUGAGAAGCGUGAUACAUAUCAUGAAUCAUUCAAUGAGUCCAGUGAAUUUGAGGACGAUGAAGAUGAUAAACCAUUUAAGCAGAUGCCACAACAACAGCAACAACAAUCUGUUGAGCAAUUUGCAGCUUGGGAAGAUCCAACAUCAGUUGAUUGGGGCACUGAAAAGGAAGAACCGCCAGCAGUAGUAGAAACAAUACCGUCAUCGACAAGUUCAACGAAUAAUACUGUUCAAACUUACAAAUGUACAGCUCUAUAUUCAUAUACUGCCCAAAAUCCAGAUGAGUUAACUAUCGUUGAAAAUGAACAGUUAGAAGUGGUUGGAGAAGGCGAUGGUGAUGGAUGGUUACGUGCUCGAAAUUAUCGAGGCGAGGAAGGUUUUGUUCCUCAUAAUUACUUGGAUGUUGAACGUGAUGUUCCAACAAAUGAGCAGCAAACGCAGAUGGCUGCACAGAUCUCAUUCUCAUCCGUUGACUAUACUGUCGAUAACGAGGACCAAGAAGUUCUUCCAGAUUCAGUUCAAUCACCUGAUCAAGUUUCUGUUAUAUCAGCGCCUGUAAAGAAAAAAUCCGAUCAAUUAUACUGCAUUGCAUUAUAUGAUUAUGACGCUACUGCUGAAGAUGAAUUGACAUUUGAAGAAGGACAAAUAAUUAAACUUAUAACAAAAGAACCUCACGGAGUUGAUGAUGGAUGGUGGGAGGGAGCUUUGGAUGGAAAGAUUGGAAACUUUCCAAGUUUGGUCGUUGACGAGUGUGACGAGAAUGGUGAGCCUUUAACAGAGCCUGAAGAGGAGGAAGAAGAUGACGAGGAUUAUGUUGCAGCACCUGCUGGAUUUGGCUUACCACCCACUGUCCCUCCACAUUUACUUUCCCAAGAGGAUCUCAAGUUGGCUCUCGAACAGUCACAAGCGCAGACACAUUCAAGUGAUAGGAAAAUGGACCUUGACUUAUCUCAACCGCCUAAAUUUGCGCCUCCAUCAGUUAAUAUAAUUUGUGAGAAUAAAGAGGAAAAUGGAGGCGAUGAGGAUGCAAAUGAAAGCCAAGGUAAAUCGCAAAAAGAAACAGUACCUAAUUUAAAUAUAGCCCAAAUCGUAGUAACCUGUGCCACCCCGAUGAUUGAAGAGGAGAAAAAGUUCCCUGAAGUGAGCAGUUCUGAGCCUACUGAACCACCUCCAACCAACAGCGAAGCUGUCAAGAAGGAGAAGAUAAGCGAGAAGGAAAAACAACCAGAAGUAAAAGAGCAAUGUGACGAUGGUUUUGGAGAUGAUCGAUUCGGAUCAAAUUUUGAAGCUAAUUUCGAAGCUAAUUUUGAGGAUGCAUUUGCAUCGCAGACAGUUGAGGAAAUCAAUGCGUCUGAGAAAAAUAAGAAAGAAUCACCAGAAGGAGUUCCAAAACAAGUUGUAGGCGGACGAGCAUCAAUUCCAGAAGAACUAGACUCACAGCAAUUAGAAAGAUUACAAAAUUUAAAGGAGUCUAACGCAUAAUAAUAAUUAAGCUAGUAGUUAUAUGAUUAUUACAUAAAGAAUUACAAAAACAAGCUUCAUCAACGUUAUUCAUAAAUAAUGAGUGCAUAUGUCAUGCUUUCAAUCGACCCAAAAGGAACAUAAGCUGCUAAUUAAAAAAUUAUAAACCUAACCAUUGUCUCUUAUAACGAGGUAGUAAAUAUUUAUAAAAUAUCAUUAUCACACACUCAACAAAAGAAUUGAGUUACUUAAAAAUUUCAUUUUUUUUUCUUGACAAAAAAAGUUGAAUCUUCUGAAAUGACCCCCCCCCCAAAAAAAAAACAAACGAAAAUGAUCUAAUCCUACCAAGAGGGAAUCUAUUAAAUAAAUACUUAAUAUAGUUAUAAUGAAGAAAUAUUACUUAUUAUGGAAACAAAAAACAAUUGGGAAUUUUAAACUAUAAUUAAAUGCUGAUAACUUUAUUGAAUAGGUCAAAUGACUACGAUCCUCUCUCUUUUGUUCUACCGAGCAGCACAUUACUUGAGAGCUGAACUUAUUGUCUUCGGUUCAGCUUGUUGUCAUCGUUCUUGGCUCAAAUAUAUCUUUCUAAGUUUAUAACCAACUUUGAUGAUCAUACUUAGCAAUUAGAAUCUAUUAAAUCUACUUUUUCUUAAUGCUAAUUCUUCUUUUAAAGAAAUUUUCUCACUGAGAAGUUUUUUUUGACAGCCACUUUCUCAAAUUAUGCUCCUGACAAUCCAUGCAAUGUUUAAUCCAACUCCAAAAUUGUCGCUAUUACAAGAAUUCUUCAAUGGUUUACUUCUAAAGUUUAUAAACUAAGGGUACUUUAAUAGUCUCGUAAACAUCCCCAUUAAAAACAAAAAAGUCCUGGUCCCUAGUAAUGUGCUGUUCGGCUUCUUAUCUAAUAAAUAUGAGAAAACUCCCAAGAAAAACUAAAAACAACAAACUUAUGCGCUUCAAAUUUUAGAUAAAAAAUAAAUCUUUUUGUGGUAUUAUCGUAAAUUGUAGUCAUUCGUGAAAAAAAAGAAAUCAUAAUCAUUAAAAGUAAUCAAAUGCGAGAUGAGGAAAUUAUUUAAGUUUAGACAAAAAAAAAAAUUAUUGGAUAAAGCACUUAGUAAGUUUGAAUUUAGAUUAGGAUGGCAAAAUAAUACUAGGAUCUAUACUCAAGAGAAGAAAACAAAACUUAUUUGAUGAUAAGCCAUUUACUCAAUUCUCAUAUACUGCAAUUAUUCUGUUAUCUAUUUCAUUAUAUUAUGUUACAGCGUAAAUACAGUAAAUUAUUAAUAUAUAAUAAUAAUGUUGCAAUUGUUUAUCAUAGUACAAUUUUAUGUUUUCAUUAGCUCAUUCAUUAAUUUGAAUUAAAUUACGC